AUUCUCAUUGAGUAACUCAAACUGCAUAAAACCAUAGACCUACCACCACAAGCAACACACGGUUUAUAUCAGCAAGCUCCCUGGUAGUCUAUGUGCCGGUCAUAUACAUGAAGCAAUGACUACUGUAACCGGUGAAUGUGUUUAAAUACUAUCUGUUUGAAAUCGUGUGUUUCCUGAACAAAAAUGUCUUUCUCGAUAUUUGGAUUCAAUGUUUCACUGCCCCUGGUCGGAGCGAUAGUUGCUAUAUUGGUGGGCCGCGAGCUAUGGAACCUGACAUACUUCUGGAGAAGAGGAAUAAAAUGCUCUAGACCCUUACCAUUACUUGGCAAUAUUUUAUCCUGCACAAAGGGAUUUUACUCCUAUAUCUAUACAUGCCAACAGAACUACGGUAACAUCUUCGGUCUCUACUUCUUUCGGAGUCCUUUGAUAGUUGUUUGUGAUCCUGAUGUGUUGAGAGAUGUACUCGUUAAAAGUUUCUCCAAGUUUUCCAAUCAUUACCAAUUCUUCCUGAAGAACAGACCAUUAGAUCAAGGUCUACUGGAUCUUCGUGAUCAGCGAUGGAAGGAUGUCAGGAGCGUUAUAUCUCCAACAUUCAGUGCUCUCAAGAUGAAACAGAUGUCUCCUGUGAUUAAUGAAUGCUGUGAUGUUCUGGUGACCAACUUGAAAAAGAAACAAGGCGAAGACAUAAACGUUAACAGCGUAUUCGAAGCAUUCACAAUGGACGGGAUUGCUAAGUGUGCCUUUGGACUGCAAGUGGAUUCCCAGAAUAACCCAGAUGAUCCAUUCGUCAAGCACGCCAAACGGAUCAUGGACGGUACUGUUGAAAGUCCUGUUGCGAUGAUAGCAGGAGUUUUCCCACCGGCCGCGUAUCUGUUUAAUGCUCUAGAUAUCGCCUUGUUUCCUGCCGAAACAAGGAAAUUCUUUAGAGAUGUUGUUGUGAAAGCAAUCGAAUUGAAGAAACGCUCUGCUGGCAAUGAGAGGAGGGAUUUUCUGCAGCUGAUGAUGAAUGCCCACAACGAUGACGAGCAUGACAGCAGGUCAAAGGUCAUCAAGGACGACAAUGAUCUCCAUAAUCUGAUCGAAGACCACCAGGACAAGCAUGUCUCCAACGCUCAAAACACCAAAACUCAACUGACCAUGGAUGAGAUAUUUGCUCAGGCUGUAUUAUUCUUUGUUGCCGGUUACGAGACGACCAACGUCACCCUUGGUUUCCUAGCCUACGCCUUGGCAACCAAUCCUGACAUCCAGGACCGGCUGAUCGAAGAGGUGGAUGAAGUGACACCAACCAGAGACUCGGUCGACUACAACUCCAUCGCAAAGAUGUCUUUACUGGACAUGGUGGUCUGUGAGACACUCAGGUUAUAUCCACCAGCAGUUAUGGGUGACCGAUGCUGUAGUGAAACACACACCGUUAAUGGACUGACCAUCGAGAAGGGUGUUCAAUUCCUCUACUCCAUCUACAACAUCCAGCGUGAUCCCACUCUAUGGCCUGAACCGGAGAAAUUUGACCCAUCAAGGUUUACCAAAGAGAAUCGUGCUAAUCGUCACCCGUUUGCUUGGAUACCAUUCGGUGCCGGACCAAGGAACUGUAUCGGGAUGCGGUUUGCUCUGAUGGAGAUCAAGAUGGCCGUAGUUCGUAUCCUCCAGAAAUACCGCUUCGUACCAAGUCCUAAAACAGAUAUCCCUGUGAAGUUUGGUACUGGAAACACUCUGAAACCAGAUGGCGGUAUCUUUCUCCGAGUCGAAGAGCGCCAGUAAAUUUCAUUACAGGAUAAACUUUACGGACACGGAACACAAUUAACAUGAUUGCAAAGAUUUUCGAAAAUUAAAUCAAGGGCAAUUUCAAGAAACUUUUGUAAUGCAAUUAGAAAUCAUGUAAUGUUAAAAAAAUGUCAUUUGUCAAAAGGUGAUGCAGGAGGCUAUAUUGGAAUUGCCUUUUGCUGAUUUUUAGAAAGUUCUUACGAUCUCUUGACAAAUGAACCUGAGCCAAUACUAUUCGCAGGGUAAUACUAUUAGUAAUUUUCGUAACUUUUGGCAUUACAUCUAUCAAGAACCUGUGGUAUGAAGAAUGAUGUACAUGAUGUAUAAUCUCUCAUCAACAAAAUUAAUAUGUUAUCAUUUUCCAAGUAUAAAUACUUCCAUGUAAUUAUAAUAUGAGAUAUAUUAUACAAGGAUGUUCUUAUCAUAAUUUCAGAACAGCGAAUCAAAUCAAAUCAAAUCAAGUCUGAAGCUGUGAAUGAAAUAGCCAUAGUGCAUUGUGAUAGGAUUAAACUUUCCCAUUCUGUAAAGCAUGUAGUCUUCUUCAAGCCGUAUAUAAACUUCCUCAUAAUUAUUUCGGAUUUUAGGGUAUGUUCAAUGUAGUAGUAGGUAGCUGCGAGAUAUUUUGUUAGAUUUCAAAAUGAUAUUUUUUGCUAUUAAAAGGUAAUAUGUAGAUGUUUUCUUUGCCAACUUUUGCACAAUGUGUUACAUUUUCAAUAUAUUUCCAUUUUGUAGCGUUGGUAGUCAAUUUUGUAGUUUUAUGUGAUUUGUAUAGCAGAACAUGAUUUUAAUGCAACUUAUUGUUAAAAAGACAGGUCUGUGGCCUGGCACAAUAAGCCCGUGAGCUAACUGCUUUCAUUUUCGAUUUUACAAAUUCUGAUAUGUUAUGUUUAUUUUUUUUGAUAGAAUCUCAUACUCUGUAUACAAAAUUGUUUUUCAAUAUGAAAUAGAAUAGCAAUUUGAAAACCUUGCUGUUGAGUGAAAUGAUUUAGUAUUAUUGUCGAAGGAUGAACUUUAUUACUUCCUGAUAGAAGUCUUUUGGAAACGUCUUUGAAUCUGCGAUUGGACAGAAGAUUUGCAAGAACAAAAAAAUAAAUGGAAAACAGAGAAUGAAAGUGCAUCUAUCAUGCAGAAUCUAAAUUAAGAGAAUAAUGCAUAUUCUGUAAUAUGCUAUAUAUUCAUAGAGAUAGUGAAAGUCUAUUAAAUUGAAAAUAUAUCAACUAACGGAUGUACAUCAUAAGAACGUGAUAUAUCAAUAUAGUUAUAGAUAUAAAAUAUGUAAUGCUAUGAUUUAGACUGUGAAUGAACGUGAUUGAGAUGGAUUAUUUUCCCCUGCAUUAGAAAUAUAAAAGAAUAAAUCACUAUCUAGAGAAGA